AUGGUACGAAGCAUGGGCCCGAUUUCGGAAAUUGAUAUGACUUAUUCGAUGGAUCUUUAUUUUAGACAAUCUUGGAUUGAUAAAAGGUUAGCGUUCAAAGGAAACAAGGAAACUUUGGCGUUGAGCAUAACAAUGUUGGAGAAAAUAUGGAAACCGGAUACGUAUUUUUACAACGGUAAACAAUCUUAUCUCCACACGAUAACGACUCCGAAUAAAUUCGUUAGACUUUAUCAAGAUGGACGAGUUCUUUAUUCCAGCAGGCUCACGAUAAAAGCCGGUUGUCCGAUGAAUUUGGAAAAUUUUCCAAUGGACACGCAAAGAUGUCCGUUAAAAUUUGGAAGUUUUGGUUACACGACAAACGACGUGGUUUACAAAUGGAAUUCGCAACGGCAAAUCGUCAUAGCAGAAGACAUGAAAUUAUCACAAUUCGAUUUGAUAGCAAAUAUAUCCGCUAACGAAACGGAUAAAGUUAACAUUGUACAUUCGAGAGUUUACACCAUAAAAUAUUCAAUGUUACUCGUUAGUUUUCACCUACAGAGACACAUGGGUAAUUUUCUAAUACAAGUUUACGGUCCUUGCAUUCUAUUGGUCGUUUUGUCUUGGGUCUCGUUUUGGCUCAAUAGAGAAGCAACAGCCGACAGAGUAUCAUUGGGUAUAACAACGGUUUUAACGAUGACGUUUUUGGGUUUGGAAGCAAGAACGGACCUUCCAAAAGUACCUUAUCCGACAGCUUUAGAUUUUUUCGUUUUCCUUUCGUUCGCUUUUAUAUUUGCGACAAUCAUUCAGUUUGCCGUCGUUCAUUAUUUUACAAAAUACGGUUCGGGUGAAUGUUAUUUCGGAAUGGAUUUAAGUUCAGAAUCAGACUCGAAUUCGAUACCAUUCGAAAGAAGCAUCAAAUUGAGAAGUUCGGAUUCGAGUCAAAAUUCUAAAACCGAAUUUAAAAUCGAUGACGUUUCAUCGCGAGUACAAAAACAAUCCGGAGACGAUGAUGAAAAAUAUCACGGGAAACGUAAAAAUAAUAAAACUGGAAUUUCCGGAAAUGCAAUAACUCAAAAUUUUCAUAGUUUUAAUUCUCCCGGAAGUAGUAGUAGUUUAAAUAACGUAAAUGGUAAAAAACGACGACGUAAAAGAAGAAUACCGCGUUAUAAUUCCGUUAGUAAAAUCGAUAAAAUGAGUCGUAUUGUUUUCCCUAUGUUAUUUGCCGCCAUUAAUGUUUUGUAUUGGUAUAGUUAUUUAAUUAGAAGCGAAAGAAUACAUAGUAAAAAUAAAUAA